UAGCCUAACCGCCACCAACGGCCAGCCCCGUGAGGCUUUUACUUUGAAAGAGUCUAAUUUUAAAUGAAUUUUAAUUAAAAUCUGCUAAUUCAAGUCUGCGGAAAUCUGUGGGAGAGAGCUCUGAAUCAUUUAAGGGAACAGUCAACAGGCAGCGCUGAAAGCGUUUGAACACAUCAGUCUGCAAGUCUUCGUGUUUCCCUCUGAGCAGCAGAGAUGAGCAGCAGGAGCAGCAGGUGCUGUAUGAAGGGUCGUUCCAGCUGUUGGGCACGUAACGGCCCGGGGGGUCGAUUCUCCAGAGCCGCUCUACAGAAGCCUACCUGGACAAAAGACGAGGACGAGAAGCUGCAGCGGCUGGUGAACGACCUCGGCGCAAACUGCUGGUCUUCAGUUUCCCUUCAUUUCAGAGGUCAAAGGUCACCAGUGGAGUGUCAGCGGCGGUGGCAUCAGAUAAAGAAUCCAGACCUGGUCAAAGGUCCGUGGACGAAGGAGGAGGAUCACAGGGUCAGAGAGCUGGUGCAGAAGUACGGCGUGAAACGCUGGUCGCUGGUCGCCAAACACCUGCACACCCGGAAUGGGAAGCAGUGCCGCGAGCGCUGGCACAACCACCUAAACCCGACAGUGAAGAAGAGCAGCUGGACGCUGGACGAGGACCGCGUCAUCUGCCAGGCGCACAGGCUGCUGGGAAACCGCUGGGCCGACAUCUCCAAGCUGCUGCCCGGCAGGACGGACAACUCCAUCAAGAACCACUGGAACUCCACCCUGAAGAGAAAAGUGGAGAAGGAGGGAUACCUGCAGGUCCUGCGCCUCCACAGCUCCUACGUCGCCUCCACCUCGGCACCGGCAUCCAAGAGCUGCGGCCUCCCCUGCAGCAUCCCUGCAAAGGCUGACAGUCUCUCUACCUCAAAGGACGAGUCCAGCUGCGCCUCCUGCAGUCAAAGCGUGUGCAUGCGCCACGGGAGCUCCGCCCCUCUGUGCUCCUCCUCCCCCAGAUCUCUGAGCACGAGCAGACCGGUAGCGUCCGUGGACCUGAUGGAGAGCCUGGAGACAUGGAGCCACGACUCAAAGGAAGUGACAUCAUCCCUGAAACAGCCCCCAGCACUGCUGCCCGUCUGCCCGCACAGAAACGACGGCCACCUCUCCGCCAUGGGCCUGAAGGAGAGCAGCGUUGCAGGUAUGAAAGAGCAGGAGCUGGACGGCGAGGACGACUGCUCAUCGCCCUCGUGGAGCAGAAGCAGCCAGAUGGGAGCUCUGAACUUCUCUCCCUCAGAAUUCUUCAGUCUGUGCGCUGCUGACAAGCUGAAGCUGCAGUGUCCACCUCUCACCUCCACCCCCGUCUGCGCCCUCCAACACCCCGUCCAUCAGGAGGAGGCCUGCCCACAGUGCAGCUCCAGCACGCAGACGCCCCCAGAGAUCCGAGAGAAGGUCAGAGUGUCGCUGACAUCUGCUCCUCAAACACCCACUCCUCUGAAGAUCAGUGCGAGCCCGGGCGAGGUCUCCGUGUCUUCCAGUCUGACGAUGACUCUGAUGUGGGAGGACCGGAGCGUGGAUCCUGACAGUCAGCAGUCGGGCAGCAGCUCUGAGAUUCAGGGCGAGAGUCUGCUGACCUCCAUCCUGGACGUGCAGGUUGACCCCACCUCAGCUCAGCAGCAGCAAGUCCAGGCAGAGUGUGGCUUCUCCCUCGACAGCCCCCUCUCAAAGUCAGGGUUGGACGUGUGGUGGAGCCAGGUGGGCUACCUGGACUCACCUGAGUGCCCCACCCACCCCUUUGAGCUGGUCAUCCUGAAACUUCAGAGCGUGCUCAGUCUCAGUCGGCCCUCCAAUCAUGAGUGUUUCAGCAUCAGCGCGGCCUCAUCAGCGUGUGAUGUUUGACUGACUGAUUGUUUGUUUGUUUGAUUGACUGAUUGAUUGAGGAGAGGAUGAUGGGGAUCUUCACGUGUAUUUUAACGGAUUUUAACCUCAGACAGUUUUUAGUGCUGAUUUUAUGAACUGCUCCUUUAAACGUGUAAAACGUUUGAUUUCUUGCUUGAAACAUGGCUGAAUGUUUUUAACACUUUGCUCUUUUAACCCUCACAAUAGAUUUAUUGAUUGUAUUGAUUGAUAUUGGAAUGGAUUUUAAAUGAUUUUAUUUCUUUUUUUAAACAUCAAAUUUGUGAAGUGACACAAAAACAAAGUGACUGUACAGUUUUAAUAAAGCGAUGAAGCUGGA